AUGAGUAUCGACUAUCAGCGCGACUAUGCCUUCAGCUACGCCCUCUACGGUGUUCGAUCACCACCCAAGGAAGAUCAUGUCUUGCUCCGAGUUCAGCAUUGGAGCUCAUCGGCAGACCGGACAGGACGCAAAGUCGGCACUGCCGCGGAUACAUCACAGGAAGAAGAGAACAUCGUUUCUGCUGACCACGAGGAAGUCCUGGGUCUCUGGGUCGGGCUCCGACCAGCCAGAGGUGGUGUCCUACGCCAACACAACCCUGAGCCCGUCGGCGACGAUACCGAGACACAGACGGCUCUUGCCGAGAUCAAGGACAAGAUCAAGAAGACUAAGAACACGACACCCAGAUCAGUCGACUCCCUUUCAGAGUUGGGCGCUCUUCCAAUCUGGCCGUUAGAGGCUGACAUGACGAGAGUGGUCGUCAAAUACAACCCCAAUCGUGCCGACAAGAUAACGUACUUUGAGCUGGUCAAUCGCGACCCAGUAACAAAGGUAAGCUCAUAG